GCAUUUUGGAACCCCCAGCAUAGUAAUGCGGAUUAUGACCGAAGCAGUACAAGCCUAAUACCAGAUACCAGACCAUUUGCAAACCAGGAACACAUCUCACAAAUUCCGAUCUUGUCUUAUCUGGGUACUCGUACCCUCAAAAGUCAAAAAAAUGGUUGAACUCCAUCAUAUCUACAAAUCUCAAUCCAUCGAGGAAUCAUUGACACCACCGAAGACCCCUCCAGAUGUCGAGCUGCGCUCUAAAUUCAUCCACCCUUGGCCAGAGCCAGAAACCCAAGCUGAAGAAAUUCCGGUUCCAAAGCGACAAAAGAUAGACAUUUUCGAGGAGAGGGAGACUGCAGAGGUUGAGGACUUCAACGUCUCGCAUCAAGAUGUCCUCCUCUUGCACGCCCCAAAACAGAGAUAUACACAUACGAGGCAGCAGCCAGUACCAGAAUUGCGAACCGAUAGGGAAAUGUUGGUUGCAGUUCAGGUGGUUGGGUUGAACCCAAUUGAUUGGAAAGCACCAGACUUUGGAUUCGGGCUGCCAGCAUUGCCAUGCAUCAGCGGGCGGGAUCUCGCUGGGAAGGUAGUGAAGGCCCCCAAGGCAAAGUCGCGUUUCCGGGUCGGUGACACUGUCAUCGCCAUCUCAACUGAUUAUCGAGAUUCAAGGAAGGCUGCAUAUCAACAGUACUCUGUUGUAUCAGACUUCAACGCUUGUAGACUCCCGCCCAGCAUCACAGCCACAGAGGCGGCUCCCUUGGGCGUGGCAUUUGUAGCAGCUGCACUGGGACUUGGAAUCUGCGCGGGAAUGGACUUCGUGAGCCCAAGUGGCCACCCCCGUGGCCCGAAUCUGCUUCAUGCAUUGUGGUCAAAGCCGAGGGAGGCUUUACCCCAGGACAUCAGAGCAGAAUGCUUUGACGGAAUCAGAGAAGACGAGAGGCCGCGGCCGGGGGAUUGGAUAGCCAUAUGGGGAGGAUCUUCGGCAACUGGUUGUUGUGCGGUGCAGCUGGCAAAAUACGCUGGACUCAAAGUCAUUGCUAUCAUUGACGUCGCGAGAAGUGGUGCGCGCAUGUUAAAGCACGGCGCAGAUCUGCUUGUCGAUCGAAUAGACACUGAACGCGCUGUAUCUAUCGUCAAGGGUAUCACGAAGGGAAAACUGCGGUUUGCACUUGAUACACACGGGAGGGACAGCGCGAAGCUUUUAGCUCGUGCAAUGGAGAACAGUGAUGGAGAAGCUGGGAGGAGGGCGCAUCUCAUCGGACUGACUGGCUUGCCAAAGGAACCUACCAACGGCGUUGUCUAUCACUCGGUCCCCAUCAAGGCCUUCCAUGAAGCACCCCAAGUAGGAGAGGGUUUGAUGAUCUGGCUCGAGAAGCUGCUAGAGCACAGAUUGCUUACCACGCCUGAGAUUGAGGUUGCGGCUGGUGGGUUGGAGGGGAUCAACGCUGCGCUUGACCGACUGAGAGAUGGAUCUGUCAAUGGGCCUAGGAUCGUGGUCCCCUUGACGAAUUAGAUGUAGAUUGCCUGGCCAGCGGGCAUGAGGAGGACAGAAUGCUGAAAGCAUGAAGAGAGGAGACCUACCGGAGAGGGCUCUCCUCGGGGUGGAAAUUGUAACGUCGAUUCGAGACCUCUAGACCAUAGACCAGAUAUCCAAAGCGGCACAUAGAGUUUGCCUUUUCAUAG